AUGGCGGGCGACAUCAGCGUCGGCCAGGCCAUCGCCGUCGUGGCCGUGGGCAGCGUCUCCAUGCUCCUCAUCGUCGGCGCGAGCUUCUGGGCCAUGGAGGCCUGCCACGCCGGCCAGCUAAUGCGAGGCUGGCGGUGGCUCCGUGUCAGGGCGCUCGGCGGCGUGACGACCCUGCGGCGGCCGCUGAGCUACAACUGUGCCAUGUGCCAGUACAGCUUGGACGCCCACGAGGAGGUGCGCACCCUCUCCUGCAACCACGUGUUCCACUGCCGCGAGAGCGACAGGUGCAGAGACGGCAUCGACAGGUGGCUCGUGCAGGAGAGCAUGAUCUGCAUCUACCGCAAGACCCCCUUCCCCGUGCUGCCGUGGAAGGCGCGCCCGCCGCCGUUGUCGCCGGCGCCCUCGGGUUCAGCGGAGCCACCACUGACGCUGCCGCCCCUGGAGUUGGAGGAGCCGCUGCCGUCGUCACCGGGGCUGUCGGAUCCGCUACUACUGCAGUCAUCGCAGUAG